UUGAAGGUGCAAGGCUGUCAGUAGGAUCAGCAGAGUAGUGGUGAGGAAGUCAAGGGAUGGGUGGAGGACAUGAUCUCUCUGUAAAGAUGUAUGGUGGUCAAGCUUGAAGAUGAUACACGAGUAUGGCUCAGGGCAUGGGGAGAAUGGAAGCUGAGAAGUACCGUUCAAGGAAACUCUAAUUAAGCUAAGUUCCGGUUACUUUUGAUUAUGUUGACUGAUAUAUUUGGUUAACAUUUUGGUGUUUGUUUCUGACCAAUGAAUGCAGCUUAACUAGAUUAUAUCAUAACCAAUAGGGUUUAAGUUAAGGAUACUGGCCAAUCAUGUUGCAGCUUAUGCUACCUUGUCUCUAUACUUUAUGAUAUAUAAUAUUGUGUGAGUGGAGGUCACUCACUGGUUGGGGUAAUCACUUUUGAAUGGUCUUCUUCUUCUUUGUAUUGACUGAGUGAACUCUGGGAGACAUAUUCACAAAACAUCUGUGAAUAUCUUUGGUUCUUCAUCUUUCUUUCAGUUUCUUUUUCUCAGGUGUCCCCUUUCUCGUCAUCAAUUAUUGCAGCCAUGGAUGCAGUCAUUCACAUGCAUGUCUUUGGUGUAGAGUCCUCUACGUACCAUGCAUAUAUGUCUCAUGAAUGAAAUUAAAAUAUGGUUGAAUUCGGACACUAUCAUGAGACCCAUUCAUCUAACAAAUCAACAACUUCAUGCCAUUCAUAACUAUCCAUUCACAUCUUUCAAGUUGAACAUUCUAUAUAUAUAAUAUACGUAUCAUGUCUCAGAGGCGGCUUCAAAUUAAACCAUUAAUCCCAAUAUUCCUUCAAAGUGUCUUAUAAAUACCCCUUGCAGGACUCAACUCAAAGGUCAUCAGGACUACAUUCAAAUCAAAACACUCUCUCAUGGCAAAGUAUUCAAAUGAAGGAGUUGCAGGACUAGUAUUCAUGGUGCUCUUAUUGCUAGCAAACAUCAACCUCAGCAUGCAAGCAUGCAACCCCAGUGGAUUCCUGAAUGGCAAAUCAGGAAGUUGCAACACAGACUUAAAUGCUGAGUGUUGCAAGUCCGGUGAGACGUAUCCGCAAUUCACAUGCUCUCCGCCAGUGACCGAUACAACACCGGCAACCAUGACUAUCAAUAGCUUUGCUGAGGGCGGGGACGGUGGAGCAGAGUCGGCUUGUGACGGCCAAUUCCAUAGUGAUAAUGAAUUGGUUGUGGCACUUUCCUCCGGGUGGUUUGAUAAUGGUAGCCGAUGCAAUGAAAAUAUCAGGAUCAAUGCGAAGGGUAAGUCUGUAUUAGCAAAGGUGGUUGAUGAAUGUGAUUCUGUGAAUGGUUGCGAUGAAGAGCAUGACUUUCAACCUCCUUGUCGUAACAAUAUUGUUGAUGCUUCACCGGCUGUGUGGGAGGCUUUGGGGAUCACCGGAGAAGAUGUCGGUGAAUUGGGUAUCACUUGGGCCGAUGCUUGAAAAUACAACUGUUUUCAGUUCUUAUAUAAUUUGAUCAAGUAAUAAGUUGCCAUCAACUAGUUCUAUCAAGUUUUUAAUGUCUAUGAUGGCUUUUAUAUUUUCUUUGUGCCUGUCAUUCUAUCGAUUUCCAAAGUUUAUGGUAUGAUUUACAUCAA